CCGGGUAAGAGGAAACCUUAAGCCGCUGCUGAACCAGCUUUACCUCCACUUUUCCCUCCAUUUUUGACCACCACCGUCUGACGCGUGCACAUGGCAGCAUCAUCUCCACAGCGAGCAGGGCUACGUGCCAGCAUGCUGGCCUUGGCCUUUCUCCUCGUCGGUUCCGUCAUGAUUGCGGGGGUCAGAGCACAAGAUGACGUCGUCGCCACGGGGGCAGCGUCUACCGUGGCCGCAGAAGAAUACAUCAGAGGAGACAUGAUCCCGAUGACAACUGUCGCGCCUGAGACAAACAAUCAACUAUUUGACAUUGUGAUGGAAACCCAAGACACCGAUCAGCAGACUACAGCGGCGCCGCCUGCGGAACAGACGGACCCGGAAAGCGAGGGAGAGGACACGGCUGAAGGGGGACAGUUCACAGUAGACGUGUACGCAGACGAACCCCAAAUCCAGGAACAACAGACCGCCGCACCAGCACCGCCGGCGAGAGGUGACGGCCCAGAGAAUAUUCCCGAGGGCGACGUGGUGUGUGUGAGCAAAGAGGUAGUCCAGGAUAAAAACGCUGUCAAUCUGAAACUCUUCCAAUCUUCCAACUGUAAAACUACCAAGGUGAAGAUUCAAAGCGUUCUCCAAGAGUUGUGCGGGGAAGACUGCAAGCUAGAGAUCUACCAGGAGGACAACACAGACCAGAUCCUUGUAUCUGGACAGUACGUUGAAGAUGACAUAAAAGGCAUGGUCAACAAGUUCAACAAUGACAACAUCAAAGACAAGGCUGGUGUGAAGGAAGCAUUCCCUCACUGGAGGAAAAACUCUAAACUGGUGCUGGUUUCCCUGUUGCUGACUGGCCUGCUGCUGGCUGCUCUGCUGGUCGCCGGUUAUUACUUUAAGACCCACCACAAGAAUUCCAAAGGAGUCCGGCUGGCCGAGUCUUACCAGGUGGAUGAAGAAAACCAGGCCAACACCCUGGUGUCCGUCGCCCCGCUGCCCCAGGAGCCCGUCAACAAGCCCGCCAACGGAGAAGCUCCACCAGAAAACGGGACCAAUCCCGCCCCGACCACCAAUGGGCACUCUGCCACCCAGACCCCGGUGGCCGACACAGAGAUGUGAAUCUUGACAGCAACUAUAAUCCCCCAUCAACCACUGGUUCAUUCUACCCACGAUCCUCCUGUCCGCUGCCUUCAAGGCUUUCCACACUUUGGAGGGACAAAUUGAGCAAAAACAACCGUCUUCCUUACCCUGCAACUCCACCACACAGAACAAUGAUGACGUCAGUGAGGUUCAUAAUGACAUUAAUGACAAUGCCUGUAAUGUGAAUAGUUUGGGAUGUCGGCCCUUCCAGGAGGACCCUGCAUACAACGUAUUUGGGACUUAAACUGAUCAGCAGGGGGCUGACUUGGAUGUGUCAGCGCCCCCUAACUUUAGUCUUGUAGAGUCAGUCGAGUAAUGUCAAAUAUGUUCUGUUGAUCCUCAACAUGAAUCCUUCUUUAAUGUCAAGCAAAGGUCCAAUAAGCCAUACAGACCAGGUUUUAAAUACUUGUAAAAAGGUUUGAGGCUAACUGCUUUUUUUGUAUUUUUGUUCUUUGUCGUGGUACUGUCUGUUAACAUUUUCUUUGCUUCCCUACCUGCUCGUAAGCUCAUAAAAACUAUCAAGUAUACUAAUUGCACUGUAGCAGGUAACAAAUGGGACCCAAUAAUAGUUACCAAUCUGGGAUUCAACUAGAUGUGGUUCAGUUUAACAGCAAAAAUCCAAUUUGUUGCAAAAAAAAAAGGAAUGCUGUGUUAGCAUUCUAUAUACAAACCAAAACUCUGUAACAACCUGCAUGAUGCUUUUGGAUUUAAUGACGAGAUAGUAAGAUGAAGCUAUUCUUUGCAAACAAACAAACAAACAAAAAUGACUUUACCACCUGCAGCAAUCUUCAGCCAAAGCUUAGUUGCUAAAAGUAUGUUUUAUCAUUUGUGUUUGCAUUUUGACUAAUGACAUGAGUGUGCAGCUUUUUU